AUGUCAGAUCGAAGUUUUUUUGAGCGUGAACCCCCAUAUAAUGUUGGUUCGAUAGACUUUCCUUACGGGAAUGCCGAAAACUCGCCAUUGAGUAAUAUUCAAGAACAACCAGCGUCGACAAAUUCGACGAACACUUAUCCCGUAGCCGGAGAGGCAUCAUCCCUGCUUCAAAAUGUUCAAUCAUACAAUCUAAAACAUACUAUUUCACAAAAUCUCGGAUCCUUGCCCUCUACCGUCAACAAUUCAUUUCCCAGUAUUCCCAAUAUUCCCAGUACUAGCACGCACGCAUUGGAGCAAGGGAAUGGAUCAAACUACACAAGGAUCACUGCUCCUUCAUAUCAAAACCAUGCUUCAACCGACAAUCGUGUAUUCAACGGUGCUUCUACAAACGUGGAACCUACAAGACCCCAGCAAGCCGCUAAACAAAAAACACGCAGAACAAAUGCUUCAAUACAGAAGCAAGAAUACGAAGAUGAAUACGAAGACUUCGUAGUACAGGGAUUGAAAACAAAGUCUGGUCGGAAAGUCCACCGACCUGCUCAAUACAAUCCCAACGAAAUGGUUAUCCGGAGGAAAUCAAGAAAAGUGGAUCCCACUUCUUUGUGUGUGGAAUGCCAUCGAGGUCAUAGUCCACGCUCUAACCGCAUUGUCUAUUGUGAUGGAUGCAAUUGUGCAUACCAUCAGUUAUGCCACCAACCUCCAAUUGACGACUUUGUUGUACAAAUGGAAGCUACACAAUGGUAUUGCUCACGCUGCGAUGCUAAAAGAUCCAAAAAACCACUGGAAACAGGCGCGACUAGUCAAAGCCUUGGCUUGACUGAAGCCCAGAAAAAAACAUACUUAGGUAGCUUGCCGAUUGCACAUUUGGUUGAGUUGGUUUUAUUCUGUGAAAACGAGAAGCCCGAGCUUCCCAUAUAUAAUCCCAGAACUCGCGAAAUAAUAGGCGAAAUGCGCCAGCAAGCCAUCAUGAAUUCAGAGCGUCAUCAAGCUGCUCUUCAGGAUCAGUUAACGGCUAAACUCAGUGAUCAAAUUCCCGAGGAACCAUUGAAGCCGCCGUAUACCGCUGAAUAUGUCACGAGUGAAGGCACUCUGUAUCCAUAUUCGACUCUGAUUCGCGUCGCAAUAUCCAACUUAACAAGGCCAACGAAGGAUUUAAUCUUUGAUUACCUAAAAAAAAAUUAUCCACUUGCAGAGAACUUUUCUGACUCAGCAACGGAUGCUCUACGUUGGAUGGUAUCUAAGGGUCAACUCGUUCGGUCGGGUUUGGUUUACCAGUUAGCAACUUCAGAACCAACUCAUUCUACUCAACGUUCCCUCAUUCCAACCUUUCAGCAGCGUAGAAAAGUCACUCCUAUCAUUCCCUCUUCUUUCCCUACUGAAUCUUUGAAUUCGUUAGCCUUUACAACCAUUGACUCGAGCUAA